UAUACAUGGAACAAAGAGCUCAACUGAAAGCUAAUGAAGAAACUCAUCUCAAAAAAGCAAUCAUAGAGAAUAAGACCUUUUUCGAAAAGGGAACUGACCGAGAGACAACUAAUACAUAUAAUCAUGACCACAAGAAAUUUGACUUCAAGAAGGAGUCAAUCCCAAUAGAACUGCUAUGAAAAGUGUAUAAUAAGACUUCGUUUCAUAAAUAAAAUUGAGGAGGAAAACCUUGCCAGAGUGGACACCCUCCUGCGUGACAGGAAGCUGAUCUCAGAAAUAGUUCCUGAGAAGUAUGACAAAUAACAACUUCAUCCUUAAAAUGGAUAUUAAUCUGGAGGAAAAACUUCAUGAACAGGAGAUUUAUAAAAAUAUUUUGGAACGAACCACUAUUGACUACCUCGCCAUGAGAGAGAAAAUAGCCUAUAUACAUUCAUUGGUGAAGGAAUAUGAGACUAAGAACAAUGACCUCCUUGGACACCUGACUAAAUACAAGAAUCAAGAAGAUGAAGCUUUAUACCAAAAGGCUGAACUUGAAAAAGCAAUUAUUUCUAAAGCAGCCAAGCGUAAGCAGCACAUAAAAUUUCUGGAGUCCCAGGUAGCCUUGAUCAAGUCUAAAAAGAACAAACAGGAUGUGUCAAAGCAAGCCGAGCAGGUCAAAUUUAUCAAGAGGAACAAAGACCUGGUCGAAAUCAACAACAAAAUAGAUAACUUAACAGUGAAAUAUCAGUUAUUAUGAAAGAUCCAGGAAAAUGAGCAAGAAACUCAAGAGAUCCUUCUGCAACAGCAAAAAGAGAUCGAAUAUGUUUUCGGUACCAAAGAGCAACGAGACAUUGGCUCACAGAAGAGCCAACACAAAAUGCAUGGCUACCAACUCCACAGGUUCUUCAACCAAGACAUUGACAAGAAGAGGAAGCUUAAGCAGAAAUAUCUUACAGAUUUGGAAAAUGCCAGAAAAGUCCAUAUUCAAGAUGUCAAGGAAGCCAGAGCUGUUAAUAAAAACAAAAGCUUCGAGGUGAUAGACUUCACUCAGCCAAAUAUCAGGAAUGUUUUGAUAACCACUCAGAAAUAAUAACCAGAGGCUGAGGAUUCACACAAAAAGAAAAGAGAGCCUUAUUAAUGAAUCUGUUAACGGUUUUGAAAAUAUCUUCAACAUUACCCAGAACGUGAAGGAAUUUAAAAGACAGUCUCUGAAUCUCCCUUCUUACGAUUUUGAGGACUCAGGCUCAAUCUGAAAGAUAUUCCAAGUAGUUUUACACAGGCUGAUAUAUUCAAUAGAGACUACAGAGGCAAGACUAAUGUGCUCUAUUGGAAACUCUCUAGGGAUUAAUAAACGAGUAAAAGGAAGGAUCACAAAAAGUUCGAAGAAAGCAAGCAUCUUUCUUGGGGAAAAUCGCAAUAAUAUCACUUUCCUCAAGAUUUUACUGAAUUAUCACAGAGAAAAGGCUCCAAAGAGUAAGAGAAAGCUCAGAAAAGUUAUCUUGAACACUGCAAAAACUUCACUAGACCUUGAUCAAAUUGAUAUUAAUAGCAAAGAGUCUAGCUCAAGUCUAGUGAGGAUACCUUCAGCAGAGAGGGUCACUAUGAGACUGACCCUUUCACCUCCAGAAGUGUUUAAAGACACAGUAGACUCCAACACUAUUGAGGUAGGAGUUAUAGAACCUGUGGCUCUCCCUGAGGAAGACCCUCACCCUGUUAAAGUAGGACAUAACUUCUUACUUGAGACCUCCUUCGAAGAGCCUGAAGUAAAAUAAGGAAGAAGAAGAUCUCAUUGGUUACAAUCAAAAAGCUCAAAGUGGGAUAAUUUCUCAAUUCAAGUGAGCUACUCAGGAAUAUAAAGAAAAGUACAAGCCAACUUUCAAAGAGAGGAUGCUUGAAAGUAAUCAGGCCAUAUCAACAAGUAAGCCCCCAGAAGGAACCAAAUUCAUAAAUGAAAUGCGUUCCAAAGCGAAGGAAGCUAAACUCAAAAGAGUCAAGUCGAUGAAUGCCUACAGAGCUAGGAAAAGUGGAAUCCAUAAAAUCUCGAACACUAUUACAAAAUUGUCAAUUCUAAAGCUGAUGGGUAAGACUUUAAAAGAGAAGCCCUAAGACUGAGGGGAAAGAACGUCGCAGAAGUGUCAAUAUGGACUAUAUUUCUAAUAAUCUCUACGAUAAUCAUGACAUUAACCAGUUCCAUAAGAAUGGCAUCAGAGAUCAGAAAUUUAUUGACAUGAUCAAUGACUGAAAGAAAGAUAUCUUGACCUUCAAACAGAUAAGGUUCCUCCCAGACAAACUGAUACACCAGAAGGAUAAGGUUCAGACCCGGCAACCUUUUGGAGGCACACCUUCAUUUGGAUCAUUUUCUUCCAGGAAGAACUUGACUAAUUUAGGGCCGAACACAUCUCAAACUGUAGAUACACUUAUUAAAAAGUACUGAACGACCAGUAGAGCUGGGAGUAGGAGAAAACUGAAAAUAGGGAAGUCUGAUGCCAAAACAGUGGCCUCAAAGAACUAUUUGUAGUUUCCU